UAGUUUGCCGUGCUUACGCAGAUGCUUACUGAACUAUAGAUAUUCUCCCCAUCCCUCCCCAGCAACUUACAACCUCAAAAACCCAGACGUUCCGCCCUAUAUCCAAUCCCUGCACUCCCAAACCAAUCUAAUCAUGCACAUCAUCCUCACCGGCGCCACUGGCCUCAUUGGCACCGCCACCUUGCACCACAUCCUCUCCGCCCCCAAGGUCACCAAAGUCACUAUCCUCUCUCGCCGCCUGGUUCCCCUCGCCGCCAAUAACCCAAAAGUCGUGACCAUCCUCCACGAGGACUACACGUCCUACCCCCCUGCGCUUCUGGCCGACCUCAAGGAUGCAGAGGCCUGCAUCUGGGCUCAGGGAGUGUCAAUUAAUGAUGUCUCGAAGGAGGAAUACGAGAAGAUCACAGUUGAUUACCCACUCGCGGCUGCAAAGGCGUUUGCAGGGCUGAAUGACCCAUUCACCUUUGUUUACGUCUCUGGCGAAGGCGCAGCCGUAACCCCCACCCGCUCAACCCCCAAUUACGGCCUCGUCAAAGGGCGCGCCGAAGCUGCCCUCCUCGCUCUGCAGAAAGUCACCCCAUCUCUCCGCCAUUACUCCGUGCGCCCAGGUUAUGUUGAUCCCAGCGGCCAUCCGGCGCAGGAGUUUAUGCCGGCGAGGAAGUGGUGGUUGAAGGGGUUGGAGACUGUGGUGGCGCCGCCGCUGAGGUGGUUCUGGAGUGGUAUGGUGAGUCCGGCGGGGGAGUUGGGAGAGGUGUUGACGGAUCUUGCGGUUGGCGGGGGGGAGAGGUUUGAUGAGAGGGAGAAGGGGGUUGAGGAGGAGGGGAGGGUCUUGGGGAAUGUGUGGUUGAGGAAGUUGAGUGCGAUGAAGGCUGCGAGGGGGAAGGGGAGCGAAUGAGUUUAUGGAACUGUGUGGAGAGAUGGGAAGAGUAGCUAAUGUCAACGAUGAUAUCACUGAAUGAUUAAGGGUAUUUAUAUU